AUGAAAAAAGAAUUCGUUUUUCUUUGGUUAGAAUUCAUUUCGAGGAAAUGGAAACAAAAUGGAUCGACAAUUUGUGGGAGAAAUGGAGAAGGAGAAGAAUUAAAUCAACUUUCAGAUCCUUUUGGAAUAUUUAUCGACAAACAUCGAAAUAUUUUCAUUGCGGAUUGGGGGAAUGAUCGAAUUGUUCGAUGGAAAAGAAAUGAAAAUCGAGGAACAGUUGUGGCUGGUGGAAAUGGAAAAGGAAACAGUUUGAAUCAAUUGGAUCGACCAACGGAUGUGAUUUUUGAUGAACAAAAUAAUUCAAUCAUCAUUGCUGAUUAUGGAAAUCGAAGAGUAAUGCGAUGGUUUUUGAACACGAAUCAGUAG